ACCCAGUUGCAUCGUACCUUUCUCCCUCUCUUAUCCAAAACUGUCUCAAGCUCCAAUGGCUCUUCUUCGUCUCCCUCCCAUUUCCCUCCAAUAUCUAGGUCACAAAUCUGAACAAAAAACCCCUAAUCCCGGAGUUUCGCUCACCAAUUUCUCUCUCACAUGGUCUACUCCUUCACUAUCUCGUCUCCAUCUAGCGAAACCCAGAAAUCUUACCUCUUACUCCUUCGCUACUACCCAGGAGCCAAUCCUCGAGCCUUCUUCUUCGGAAGAGAUUUCCAAAACCAGAUUGAUUGCUCAAAACGUUCCUUGGACCUCUACACCCGAAGACAUAAGGUCGCUGUUCGAGAAAUCCGGCAGUGUCGUCGACGUUGAGAUGUCUAUGCACAAGAAGGAAAGGAAUCGAGGUUUGGUUUUCAUUGAAAUGGCUUCUCCUGAAGAAGCUGCAUCAGCUCUUCAAGCUCUCGAAUCCUAUGAAUAUGAGGGUCGUCGUUUGAAGGUAGCCUAUGCAAAGGCCAAAAAGAAGAAAACUUAUGCUCCUCGUGAGAAGCCUACGCCGGUGCCUACGUUCAAUUUGUUUGUUGCAAACUUGGCAUUUGAAGCUAGGGCCAAGCAUCUUAAGGAGUUCUUUGAUGCUGACACUGGCAACGUUGUGUCCACUGAAGUUAUAUUCCAUGAAAAUCCAAGGAGGUCUAGUGGUUACGGGUUUGUCUCUUUCAAAACCAAGAAAAUGGCCGAUGCAGCGCUCCUUGAGUUCCAAGGAAAGGAUUUCAUGGGAAGACCAAUCCGAUUAGCUCGUAGCAAACAGUUUGUGAAGUUGCAUGCAAAAGAAGGGUUGCAGCCACCUGAUGAAGAGGAACCAUCUGAGUCUGAGAUAAUGACUGAAGAGGACGAAACUCCAGCUCCAGAAAACUGAGAAGGAUUAGUGGUGGUUGGGUAUCGGAAUUGAAGAGAAAGCUUUCAACUUUUGACAAACAAGAGGAGCGGAUACAUUACAAGUACCAACCUUGAGUGAGUGGUGGAGAAGUAAGAAGUACAAGAACGAUCUAGUUAGAACUGAAAACUACUAGCGACUGUCAAGAAAAAAAACCCAUGUGGCUCUGAGAACUUGCUUUGCUAAGUUAACACAAUUUUCUUCUUAUUUGUCUUUUGGUUUUGAUUGCAUUUGUUACUAUAUUGAAUGUAUUUAUUUGGUUCCCAAAGAGAGUCACUUAUAUUGUCAGUCUGUUGGGUAAGUGCAAACAAA